AUGGAAAGGACCAAAUAUUUCCGGUUGGUCGAAGGGGCGACUCGCCCCCGCCGUCACAGUCUGGUACGAGAUCUGGUAGUGCCUGCUGGUGCUGGCGUUGUUGCCAUUCGCAAGGCGGUGUGCAAGUCUUCCCUUCCGCCGGAGAUUCAUGAUUGGGCUCUCAAGGUGUUCGCGAACGACGAGGUGAAGAGUCCUCUGGAUGAGGGUGCAAGCUUGGAUGGCUAUGGAGAGACGGCAGAUGACCCACUUGUUGUUCAAGUCCCGAGGGUUUGGUAUCGGCUAAUGGAAGUCGACGGCCGUACUCCGUUCGCGGGUAUCAUCGCAGACCGGGUCCCGCUAACCGAAGAGAACACGAUGACGGACGUGCGGGACGCCGUUUUCGCUGCGUGGCAAUCGUUGUUCACGAAUCUGAAGCCAAGUCAACUCACGAUUUACGGAAACCAAGCGGCGUGCGACUCGAGUGAGCCUUUGGAUGUCAAUGCGCAGAUUGAAUCGCUUGGCCAAACGCCACAAACCGCACUUAUCAUUGUCGUGCCCGCGUCCGUACGAGUGAGAUCUCGGGAGGAGUCAAAAGAUGAAGUUGGCGUUGACGAGGUUCCCGCAAAACGGCACAAGCCUACGCAGUGGGAAUGGAAAGAGGAGGAUCCCGUCUAUAGUGUGAUGGGAAACCGAUUGUUCUUCGUGGACCGUGAUCGUGCGACGCAGCAGCUUCUUGGAUUUCAUAAAAGCAACUACGAUCGCGCUACGAAUGGUGGUGGUGGUGGUAACUGGGUGGCUCCUCUGGUUGAUCAUGUCUUUGGCCUAGGCAAGUCAACUUUCGGUUGGGAGUACAUUCGGAGAUACAACCAGAUCUGGGAUGAGUUUUCGGAGAUGGAGAAGAAAAAGGAGGAGAACGGCUUCCUGGAUAUCGUGCGGAAGUGCCACACGAUCACACUUCAGUUUACUGAAGAUGACUUUCUGAAUGACGACUUGGAGUUUGAUGGUAGAAAGGCUGCCAGAAGUCUCGUUGAGAGAAUUGGAUCAUAUUUCAGCGAGAUCUAUGGGGACAACAUUCCUCAAGCCCUGGAUCCGAACGCAAUAAGCCACAACCGAUUUGUGGGUGUUUUGAGAAGUCUAGCGAUGGAAGUUGGCCCACUGUUUAUCGUGAUUGAUGAGAUCGGCCUGGCUUUCGAUGCGGAUCUUCCCGAUACCAUCAAGAGAGAACGAUUUAUGGCGUUCUGCCGCAGAAUCCUGCUGCCUUUAUUCUCGGUCAACACUUUGUUUUUCCUGAUUGCUGGUCGUGCGCCAUUCCUCAGCUAUGUCCAUUUACGACCAGAUGACCGGUUCAUGGUUCGACGACUCAGCUUAAUUCUCUUCGCCCCCUGCAAUUGA